AUGUCUACGUGGGGUGAACAUUUCCGUGUCACCACCUAUGGCGAGUCUCACUGCCGUUCUGUCGGCUGUAUCGUCGAUGGAUGCCCUCCUGGUAUGCAGCUUACUGAGGCUGAUAUUCAACCUCAAAUGACCCGCCGCCGUCCUGGCCAAAGUGCCCUGACUACCCCGCGGGACGAGAAAGACCGAGUUGAGAUCCAGUCAGGCACAGAAUUUGGUGUGACUCUGGGUACACCAAUUGGCAUGAUGGUCCGCAAUGAGGACCAGCGUCCUAAGGACUACGGCGGCAGCACAAUGGACCUGUUCCCCCGCCCCAGUCAUGCUGAUUUCACCUACCUCGAGAAGUACGGUGUCAAGGCCAGCAGCGGUGGUGGUCGCAGCAGUGCCCGCGAAACCAUUGGUCGUGUCGCCGCUGGCGCCAUCGCUGAGAAAUACCUCCGCCUCUCUCACGGCGUUGAAAUCGUCGCCUUCGUCUCCUCUGUCGGAAACGAGCACCUCUUCCCCCCAACCCCCGAACACCCCUCUGCCUCCACGAACCCGGAGUUCCUCAAAAUGAUCGACACCAUCAGUCGCGAGACCGUAGACUCCUUCGUGCCCACCCGCUGCCCUGACGCCGCCGCCGCAGACCGCAUGACCAAAGUCAUCGAGAAAUACCGCGACAACCACGACAGCAUCGGCGGAACCGUAACAUGUGUGAUCCGCAACGUUCCCGUCGGCCUGGGCGAGCCCUGCUUCGACAAGCUGGAAGCGAAGCUCGCUCACGCGAUGCUCAGCAUCCCUGCCACCAAGGGCUUCGAGAUCGGUUCUGGAUUCGGCGGCUGCGAGGUUCCUGGCUCCGUGCACAACGACCCCUUCGUUGCGUCGGACAACGGCCGCCUCAUCACUAAGACUAACAACUCAGGCGGUAUCCAGGGUGGUAUUUCGAACGGUGCUUCGAUCUACUUCCGUGUUGCGUUCAAGCCUGCUGCUACCAUUGGCCAGGCUCAGACUACCGCUGCUUACGAUCUUCAGGAGGGUACGCUUGAGGCCAAGGGUCGUCACGAUCCUUGCGUUACUCCCCGUGCUGUGCCUAUUGUCGAGGCUAUGUCUUCUCUUGUUAUUAUUGAUGCGCUCAUGGCUCAGUCCGCCCGUGAGAGCGCGAAGAAUUUGCUUCCUCCUCUCCCGCAGACUAUCCCUACUAGACCUGCUACCAACGGUGCGUCGGCUUAG